CGUGCAGAAACUGUCUGGGAAACUUUGGGAUACCCACGCCGUCUGGACUUUGUCACUUUUUACUAUUCAGCAUAACAUAAGGGAUAUCUUUUCUUUUCUUUUUUUUUCGUUCUUUCUCUAUGUUUGUUAAAGAAUUGAAGAGAAGUAUCAUGCAAAUGCCCCUUGCGCACCAUAUUUUGGCUGUGCAGCUCUUUCUGUUUGGAUACUGUGGAGACGUUUACGCGGGAGCAGUCCUGAUGAACUCCAACGCGAUCAAAACCUUACCCGCCGCGGGGAAAGGUGCAGACACCGUCAGUCCAAGUCCGCGCACCUCACCGCCCGGUGGCAUGGGACACAAAUUACCCUCUGACACCUUGCAGCAGCAGGCAGGUGCUUGCACAGAUGACGAAGACUGCGGGGGUGAUGAAUUCUGCAACGACGCCCGGGGUGUUUGUCUGCCGUGCCGUAAGUGCCGGAAGCGCUGUGUGAGAGACUCCAUGUGUUGCGCAGGAAACCGCUGCAUCAAUGGUGUUUGUCAGGUGAAUGACAUUCACAGCUCAGACAUAUCUGUCACAACUGGCUGGAAUAAACACAACAACACCAUGGAGCAUCAAGGAAGGAGAACACCCACAGCCUCUGGCUUCCAACCGAACACUGUCAAAGGCCAGGAGGGUGAUGCGUGUCUGAGAUCCACAGACUGUUCCGAGGGUCUGUGCUGUGCAAGGCACUUUUGGUCCCGCAUCUGUAAGCCUGUGCUGACAGAGGGCCAGGUGUGCACUCGCCACCGCAGGAAAGGCAAUCAUGGCUUGGAGCUGUUCCAGCGCUGCGACUGUGGCGAGGGCCUGGUGUGCCGGGCAGAGAAAGGCGAGCGAGACCACGGAGUCAGCCGAGACCACGGUGUCAGCAGGACUGCAGCCCGGAACUUACACACCUGUCAGAGACGCUGACACAACCACACAGGCGCAUACACACCAAGGGGCAUAAAAACUCACACACAAAGGCACACAUCGAUAAAUCAGUGCAGACUCUGCAGACACUGAUAAAUCCUCCACUUCCAAUCUUGUGUUUACCAAAGAUGCUGACACACACUCAUAUGCACGCACACACACACACACACACCACACACACACACACACACAAGACACUCUACACCUGAGACAUUCUUUCCUGCUAAAUUUGCUGACACCAACACAUCACCCGGAAGGAUGGACAUGAAUCCUGGAAAAACGAGACACCCGCAGGGACACAACAUUGUGAGACCAGCGUCUCAGAUUCUCCAUCAUCAGGUGAAGAAUCUGAAAUCAGGAAGUGACUUUCCAGAAGGAUUUGGGGAAUCGAUUUGUGUUGUCAGUGGCAGAGCUGCUUUUGUUUCUCUUUUAUGGAACUUUGAGCCACUGUUAUUGCAGUAAAUUACUGUAGUGUAAAUAAUAUCCUGUAGGUGGCACUUAUUUGUCCCAUUGAAUUAAGUCAACACCAGUAUUAUAAAAGACAUGGUGCUGCAUGUUUUGUAAAUAUGUGAUAUAUAAAUAUAUUAAAAUAUAUUGUUUUAUAUGAAACUAUGUAAAGAAA